AUGGCAACUGUGAGACCUGUCGCGAAUGUGUAUGGUACGAGUGGAAAUAAAGUUGUUGGAGAGGUAGAAAUACCAGUAGUUUUUCAAACGCCAAUAAGAAAUGAUUUGAUACAGGAGGUGUUUAAAAACGUAUCAAAAAAUAGAAGGCACCCAUAUGCUGUAAAAUUGGAUGCAGGCUAUGAAACAUCAGCUGAGUCGUGGGGAACAGGUAGAGCAGUAGCAAGAAUACCAAGAGUUCCAGGAGGAGGCACACAUAGAGCAGGGCAAGGUGCUUUUGGAAACAUGUGUAGAGGUGGUGGUAUGUUUAACCCAACGAAGAUAUGGAGAAGAUGGGGUAGGAAAGUUAAUUUAAAGGAAAAAAGGUAUGCUGUGUGUUCCUCUAUUGCAGCUAGUGGUGUGACGUCUUUAGUUUUUGCUAGAGGUCAUCGUAUAUCGAAUAUUAAAGAAGUUCCACUAGUAGUUAGCAAUGAUAUUGAAUCCAUCAGUAAGACAAAAGAAGCUGUGAAAUUUUUAGUUAGUCUUGGAUUAAAGGAUGAAAUUAAUAGAUUAAUUAAGUCUAAAAAAAUAAGAGCAGGAAAAGGAAAAAUGAGAAAUAGAAAAUAUAAAAUUAGAAAUGGUCCACUUAUUAUUUUUGAUAGGGAUGCAGGUGUUAAGAAAGCUUUUAGAAAUAUCCCAGGGGUAGACUUAUGUCGAGUAACCAAACUAAAUUUAUUGAAAUUAGCUCCAGGAGGAUCCAUAGGUAGGUUAUGUAUAUGGAGUGAAAACGCAUUUAAGAAAUUAGAUGUUAUAUAUGGAAAGAAAUAUGCUAAAAGAAUUACGAAGAAAAAUUAUGUGUUACCUAAGUCUAUUGUACAUAAUCCUGACAUAUAUAGAAUUAUUAAUAGUGAGUUAGUACAAGCAAGUUUGUUAGCUAAGAAGAGACCAUGCAAAAAGAGAUUACAAAAUAAAAACUCCUUGACAAACUUUGCUGUAAGAUGUAGACUUAACCCUGCUUAUAAAUUACUACGAUCAUUGGCCAUUAAGAGAAUGAAAAAGAGUAUUGCAGAGAAGUUGAAGAACAAAAAAGAAAAGAGAGUUAAAAAUAAGAUAGAGAAGAAAGAACUCCAAAAAAUUAAUCAUGCUUACUAUAACGGAAUAGCAAAAUCGGUUAAGAGAAAGAAAAAGAAGGAAGAGAAAAAGGCAAAGUCAAGGAAGAAUGAAAACAAAGCUGUUAUAACCACUGCAGCGGAUGAAUAA